ACGUGACAACUUCUUCACUUCCGGUGGGAAAAUACAAACCAACAAAAUUACUAAAAUCAUGUUAUCUGGCAUAUUCUACGGUGUAUGCUGUCUAGUAAUCGAUUAAUUUCAUGGUGGAAAGUACCAAUUACUCCAUGAUGUCACAUUCAGAUGAUUUAAGAGUUAUCGCAACUCAGCAGUCUGAAGAUGAAGAAGAUGAUGAAGAUUUCAACCAAGUCCAACACAAUGUUUUUUAUGGCGAUUCAGCAAGCCGUAAUGUUGACAACCACAAGCGUGUUAUAGUUCAUAUAGACAUUGACUGUUUCUAUGCCCAAGUGGAGACCCUGCAUAACCCUGACCUGAUCAACAAGCCUCUAGGAAUCCAACAAAAGAACAUCAUUGUGACAUGUAACUAUGUUGCCCGGGAAAAGGGUGUCACCAAACUUAGCUACCUUAAAGAUGCUUUGAAGAAAUGUCCUGAAAUUGUUAUUGUAAAUGGAGAGGAUUUGACGAAGUACCGAGACAUGUCUUACAAGAUUACAGAUUUUUUGCUGAAAUACUCUUUGAAGGUAGAGCGGCUUGGAUUUGAUGAAAACUUUAUAGAUGUCACUGGACUUGUUAACGAGCGUAUGAACUCUGAUGUCAUCAAACUUUGCUUACCCAAAACGGAGAACCAUAAUACCAUAGCUGGUCAUGUGUAUGCCGUGGAAAAUAGCAAUUUAAAAAAUGUGUCUCAGUGCUACUGUGGUUGCCACAAGAGGCUUCUGAUUGGCUCGCAGAUUGCAGCUGAGAUCCGCAAGUCCCUGCACCAGGAAUUAGGGAUAACAUGUUGCGCUGGUAUAGCACAUAACAAAUUGUUAGCCAAACUGGUUGGAGCGACACAUAAGCCCAAUCAACAAACUGUACUCUUGCCUGAGUUUAUCACGGAACUUAUGGUAUCUUUAAAGGAUGUCAGGAAAAUACCAGGCAUUGGAAGUAGCACAUCUAAGCGUCUCCAGUCUAUUGGUCUCACUAGCGUCACAGACCUCCAGACAUGUUCGAGAGAUACACUUAGUGAACAGUUUGGGCCUCUCAUGGCACAGAACAUGGCGGAUUGGAGUUUGGGGAUUGAUCAUUCUGAGGUUGUGAAAACUGGCCCUCCUCAAUCUAUAAGUGAUGAGGAUUCAUUCCGAAAGUGUUGUAACAUCACUGAUGUUAAAGUGAGGCUAAAGGGAAUCCUCAAGACAUUGAUGACAAGGCUCUUGCAAGAUGGUCGCCAUCCGCAGACAUUAAGGUUAACAUUACGCCGUGUCAUAGGUGAGAAUAAGUGGAGCAGUAGGGAGUCUCGGCAGUGUCCUAUACCCACAUACAUACUGAAGAACCUUUCUACAAGUGAUACUGAUCAAGCUGAUGAUGCAAUCCUGAAUCUGCUUACUUCUCUUUUCAACAAAAUGGUAGAUAUCUCAAAACCAUUCCAUAUUACACUGCUCAAUAUAUGCUUCACAAAGUUUGAGAACCAAGAAAAAGUGGGCACUAUAAGCGCCUUCUUCAAACGACAGACAGAAGCUGACUCAAACAAUGGAAAUGACAUAACAUCUAACGAAGAUCCACAGAACAAAAGUACAAGGCUUAAUACCAUCAACAAUAAAUCCUCACAUGGGAGCUCUAGAAAGCGAAGUUUUGAUAUGGUUUCUUGGUUGAAAUCUCCUCCAAAAUCAGUCACCAAAACUAAAUAUGCGAAAUCAUCACCAGAUAUGACACAACCAAAUAUGACACCGUUCUAUGAUUCACAAGGUUCAAAGUCAGAAACAUGUCAUACUAAGACAAUAAAUGUUUCCCCAGAAGUCUUAUCUAAAAAUAAUGAAAAAACUGGAGAAGGUAUAUCAAACAUUUCACCAUAUAUGGGCAUAGAUGAAACUGUACUUAAAGAACUUCCUGAAGAUAUUCAAAAUGAGAUUUUGUCUGACAUUCAAAGUGUCACCUGUAAAAAUUAUUCCAAAAUGUCAAAUCCAGUUUGUACAAUAUCUGAUGAUACAUUAUCUCAUACAUAUGUAACGCCAGGUUAUGCAAGUGUAACGUCAGAUUCUACACAUGUUCUUUCAUCAUGCUAUACAGGUGUGACACCAAUAACGGCAAGUUCGGUGUCAGAGACGAGUACACUGGAUCAUACAUCUGUAGUAUCUGCCAAUAGUCAUGUAACUCCUAAUAUGGUACAAGUAGUUACAUCAAGUUAUACAUGUGUGACUCAAGGCAAUACAAGCGAAACACUAGGAAGUACAAGUGUGACAUCAGAUUAUGAAAGUAUGACAUCUACUUAUUCAUGUCGUGAACCUUUUCAUAUGAGAAUGAUACCAGAGAAUACAACUGUCACUCAUACAAAUGAUACAAGUGUAAUAGACUGUAAUACAAGUGUAACCGACUGUUAUACAAGUGUAACCCUCUGUAAUACAAGUGUAACACCAGGUAGUUCAAAGUUGGCAACUGUGAAUUCAAGUGUAACAAAUGACCUGAGUACAUCAACAUUUCCAGCCAUCAGUACCUCUUCAUGUACUAGCCCGAGUGCCAUAAUCUCUCCUUCCCCAGUAAGGGGACCCCUUCACAAGGAUGUCCCCCCUGGUUUUGAUGAGACUGUUUUCUCUCAGCUUCCAAGUGAUAUUCAGGUUGAACUGGUGAAUGAGUGGAAACAGCGAAAGAAAGUGACACAAAAGAAAAAGACCGGUAUCAUGCAAUAUUUUCAGAAACUGAAGUAA